UCUUUCUCUCUCCUUGGCGCCGUCUCCGCCCAAGCCAAGUCCAACGAAGACUCCUCUUCCCAACAGAUGCAUAUAUUUCAGUCGUUGAAUGGAUCGCCGCAGCCCAAAUAGCAAGCGUUUCGCCCAAAUCUCUCCCCUUUUCGCAGCUCCGAUCUCGCUCUGCCUUACCUCGUGACUGUCCCGAGAAUUCUUCCGGUGCGUUAUUCCUCAUCAUACUAAGAAGAUUUUUGGGUGGUUUCAUUCAUCUUAAACUAGCUAAUAUGCCUAAGCAAAGGAGGUCAUGGUCUCAGUCCUUUGACCGGCGAUCUCGUGCAUCACCUUUUCCAUCUAGUUCUUCCUCACAUAACCAACCUGAGUCUGCAGAAUCAGCCAAGGACAUCAAAGAAUGGGAGGAGGUUCGAUGCCCUGUGUGCAUGGAACACCCUCACAAUGCUGUUCUCCUCCUAUGCUCCUCACACGACAAGGGUUGUCGUCCAUUCAUGUGUGACACUAGCUACCGUCAUUCUAACUGUCUGGAUCAGUACCGCAAGGCUUUUUCUGGAUCCAAGCCACCACAGGAUAAUGGUGACACACAGCAACCAACCAAGCUCUCAUGCCCUCUUUGCCGAGGUUCAGUUACUGGCUGGACAGUGGUGGAGCCUGCUCGUAGAUAUAUGAAUGCUAAAACUCGUAGCUGCUCCACGGAGUCAUGUGCAUUUAGUGGCAUUUAUGGGGAGCUAAGGAAGCAUGCAAGGAAAGAGCAUCCAUCCGUGCGGCCAUCAGAGGCAGACCCUGAGCGACAGCAAGACUGGAGAAGGAUGGAACGGCAACGGGACCUUGGUGACCUAUUCAGCAUGUUUCGCUCAGCUGUAACCAGAGAGGAAGAUGAGGUCAACAUCAAUGAGGACGAUGAAGAGACCAAUGGAAGCAUGUUCAUAUUUCCCUCGGUCACUAUGUUUUUGGUAGUACAUGUGCAUCGAGAAGGAGGAAACGACACCGGUCGAUCAUCUCUGCCACGGUCUUUCAUUUCAAGCUCUUUGAGGGGUUCAUCGAGGGGCCGAAGGAGAAGUGGGGUGGUCCCAUGGGGAGAGUCCUUAAGCAAUUCAACGUCCACUGGCACGCUUGAUGGAGCAAAUGACGAUGAAGUUAACAAUGAUGGUGGAUCCGAUGUGGUAGAUACAACUUCUCAACAGAACCAAGGAAGACAACGGAGGCAGGUUUGGAUGUCAGAUGAUGACGGUGAUGAUGAUGAUGAUGAUGAUGUAUCUUGAUGCUAGGCUCAAUGUGUUAGGCCCAAAGCACGGAUGUCAGAUGAUGAUGGUGAUGAUGAUGAUGAUGAUGUAUCUUGAUGCUAGGCUCAAUGUGUUAGGCCCAAAGCACUGUGCUUGUUUCUGCUCACUCGAUAUUGGAUUAGUUGUGGGCUGCUAUGCUUACUACCAGUUUAAGAUGCCAUAUGCUUGUGGUGCCUUGUCAUGUUAAUUUUUUGUUUUAGCCUUAUGAAGCACUGAGCUCGCUGCUGCGCGCCCAUAGCUCAUGGUUAGGCGUCGCUUUUAUUGCAGCAUUUGCUAUUUGUAAACACUGUAAAGUUGUUGUUCAGGUUACUUGAUGUUCUGCAAGUGUUCA